UAAAAAUCAACAAAAAUUGUUUUUAAAGCAACACAUUUAUUAUAAUUAAUUUCAAAUAAUAACAUUAUUGAAAAUAUUGAAAUAAUGGAAAAAACUAAUCAGAAAGAAGAUGAAAUAUCUUUGCAUUCUAAUGAAUCGGAAAAAGAACCAGACUUUACACCAACUUUUCGAGCGGAUAUAAUAAAACUUAAGCACUCAUUUGGCUAUGAUUGCAAACGCUUGUUUAAUAUGGUACUAAUUGAUGAUGACACCUUGGUAUUUGCCUCCGGUACAUAUAUACAUUAUUUUUGCAUUUCCAAAAAAGAAGUAACAUUUCGUCAGUCGGUGUUUGGUUGCGGUAUAGGUUUCAUAACGAAAAACUAUCAUCCAGACUACCAAGGUUUACUAACUAUUGGCGAGAAUGGUCCCAAUGCUACUGUUUUUAUAUACGAAUACCCCUCUCAUGAAGUACGUAUAAAGUUAGAGGGCGCUGCUAAACAGCAAUUUACUUGUGGUUCUUACAAUUAUACUGGAGAAUUGUUUGCCUCCCAAGCCGGUUAUCCAGAUUACAUGCUUACAAUUUGGAAUUGGCAAAAAGCAGAGAUUAUUUUACGCUCGAAAGCAUUUCAGAAUGAUGUUUUACAUGUUCACUUUUCGCAAUUUAAUCCCAUACUUCUGGUAACCUGUGGCUUAAGUCAUAUAAAAUUUUGGAAAAUGGCCAAAACUUUUACGGGUCUUAAGCUGCAGGGCGAUUUGGGACGUUUUGGUAAAACCGAUUUUAGUGAUAUUUAUGCCAUUUACAUGUUGGAUGAUGAGAAUGUCAUAUCAGGCUGUGAAUGGGGCAAUAUGUUGUUGUGGGAGGCUGGUUUAAUAAAAUUUGAAAUUUGCCGCAAGGGUCGUAGACCUUGUCACACUAAACCUAUAGUUCGCAUUACCAUGAAUAAUGGUGAAGUCACUACUGUUGGCAUGGAUGGUUAUGUUCGCAUUUGGUUUUGGGAAACUGUAGAUUUGGCUGAUCCACCCGAUGAUGACCGAUUUGUGGAAAUUGAACCAAUUUUUGAAUUUUAUGUGGGAGAAUGUGAAAUACGUAUGAUACAGAAAAUUAAAUUAUUUGAUGACAAGGAUUAUGGUUACUAUGCAUUGGAUGGCGACGGAGGUAUUUGGUAUUGUGAUCUCAAUACCAGCGAUAUCCCUAAUGAUUCCUAUAAACUUUAUUCCUGCCAUGGUGGAAAAGUUGUAGCGGCUCAAACUAGUCCUGUGUCUCCGCAUCUCAUGACCCUAGGACAAGAUGGCCGACUAUUAGUCUAUGAUUAUCUAUUCGAAAAGAUGAUUUUGGAAAAGAAAUUCGAAGCUUUCGGUACAGAUCUAAUAUGGUUUAGUCCCAAUGUAUCAGACUCCAGUAUGGAACUAGUGGCUAGCUUUGAAGAUGGCUUUAUAAGACACAUUUAUCUAGCUCUAACACAGCCCAAUAAACCGGCAAUACAUUUAAUACGACCCAUUAAAGCUCAUACGGCUGCUGUCACUAGAAUGACUGUUAACUCCUUGAACACACUGCUGUUGACGGGUUCAGUAGAUCAUACAAUAUUUAUGUACGAUUUGUCCGAGAAAAAGGAUGCAUUUAUUUAUUUACGUCCUAUGGGUUUUAUAGAAUUUUCAGCCAUACCUAAUUGUUUCUAUUGGAAAGAUCCUAAUCAUACAAUUCUUAUAGGUUGUAAAACAGGUGAAGUAUUUGAAUAUAAAUUACCCAUAGAGGUAACGGAGGAGCAAACAUUUCUAAGUUACAAUCUAACGAAUAAAACUGAAAUAAAAACCUCAAAAUUUAUUUCAAUCAAAAGUUCCAUACGACGUGAUCUAAAAAGAGCCGCCACCAAAAAGCGCAAAGAUAGAAAGAAACAGAAAUUGAAAGAAAUUGAAAAGUUAAAGGCUGCAAAUCCGGUACAAAUUGAUAUGGAACAAGCUUUAGCCGAUUCUGAACCGGAUGAAGAAGAGGAGCCUUUACAUAUACCAGCUGUGCCAAAUCCAGUUCUAUGGAUUCGUUAUACGUCUGAUAAUACUAUAUGGGUUUCUAUGGGUGGUUAUGAUGCUGGUUAUAUAUAUGAAUUAACUAUUGGAUCUAAUGCCCCGGUCCGUAGUACAAUUAUUAAGGAAGGCGAUGAUAUAGAAAUACAUUCAUAUUUGGAUAUUGAAGAAUAUCUUCUAUUCGGCAUGAUAAAUGGCAAAAUACGCAUAAAUCAAAAGAAUACAAAUGAUUUUACAGAUUUGCGAAAUUAUCGUUUAGUUAAUAUGCAUGAUCCCAUAAAUGGCAAUAUACCCUGUCUGAUACUAAGUCAAGAUGGUAAAUUUCUCUUCAGUAUUGGUUACGAUGGUAAUGUUUUCGUAUACGAAUGGCAUGGACCACAGGUUAUGAUUGAAGAAUCAAAAAAUGUCUUAUUAAUGCCGAAAAAAGUAGUGCCCGCUGAAGAUAUUAAUAAUCCGGAAUAUCCAUCUUUAGAACAGGAAAAAAUCUAUGCUGAAAUUAAACGUCAAGAGGAAGCGGCUGCUGCACAUGAUCGUAAGGUUUUAAUGGAUAUUGAGGUGUUACAAAAGAAAUUCGAUCAACUGUUGCUGGCCAAUGAGGCAAUGCAUGAUGAUUUGCGAAUACCGCAACGUGAACUGUUAUUAGACGAAAGAAUUACGAAUCAAAUUAAGGGCGAAUUGCAAGCAGAAUUGGAUGAUGUACGUGAAGAUUUGGCUUAUGAUUUGGAGGUGGCACAAGUUGGCAAACAAAAGUUAUAUGAUUAUUUCUUUAAGAAACUAGAUCAUAUACCUAUUAAGAUAUCUGGGAUAGGGGAAAACUCAUUUGUAUACACCUUUCGUGUGGAACGAUUGGAUGAUAAUUUUGAAAUUAUUAAGGCUGAUAUAGAGGAACGACUCAGAUUAGAAGCUUUAAAAAGAGUACCAGUUCAACUAAUGUUGGCCGAGGAGAAGGAAGAAAGUAUGCCGGAACCAGCUACCGAAACCUUUUUCUUUGGCCGUGAUCCCAAUACUAUAAUACCACGUUUCAGUCGCAAAAUGUUGCGUUUACUAAGAACUUAUCGUUCACGUCAAUGGUACGAAGUCGAGCGUAUGUAUCAUUGGGAGAAAAUGAUGAAACAAAAACCAGAUCCCAAUCGUAAUCAUCCCGAUGAUGAUCGUAAGAUUCAAGAAGCAGAAAAAAGUAUAGGAGAUUAUAAACUCAAAACGGGUACGGAUUAUGAACCGCAAUCAUUUGAAACCUUGACUUUUAAAUACAAAGAAAUUGUAACGCUCCGAGAACGUUUAAAUGAAAUCGUUACUCAAUUUAAUGACAAAGUUUUAAAGCUAAGAGAAGAGAAAAAAGAACUUUAUCAAUUUAUUGAGCAAAAAAGCAAACGUUUGGAGGAAAUCCACUCAUACUUACCAGCAAAGAAUCGUAAAUUUUUAAUGAACAUACCAACACUCAAUAUGGAUGAAGAAUGGCCGGAAUUGAAUAUGAUUGAACAUUGCAAUCCCGGUUGUAAUAUUGAAAUUAAAGAUAUUCUUUAUCUGGAUAAAACGGUAGAGAGUCUAUUGCCUAAGCCGCCACCACCUAAAGUUAAACCCACCAUGACCCAAGUGGCUCUACACGAAUUGGAAAAAUACUUGGCUUUGGAUAUUAAAAGUGUUAAUUGUUUUCCAGAUGGUCUAGAACUUAUCGAUGAACUGCAAAAGUUACCUCAUCAGGCUGAUCCACUUUACUAUGACAAUAGCGGAGAUACUCCUUCACCCUGGCUUAUAGAAAUACGCUAUCGUUGGCUAAUGGAUUUGAUGAUGGAACAAGAGGGCAUACUGCAUACGGUACACAAUAAUAUACGUCUCUUUGAUGCUCGUUUGCUAGACCUGGAUAAAGAACGUUUACAUACCAAAUUUGAGGUGGAGUUUAUGACAAGCUAUUUAAUCGCUCUAAAUCAGGAAUUAUAUAUUUUGCGUGAUAGUGAGGAGAUUGAAAAUAGAUUGUUGAAAAAUGCCGAAGAUGCUAUGAAAACGCGUAAUCAGGCCCAAGCUUCUAUUAAUAGUUAAAAUCGUCAAAUAGAAGAGUUGCGCAAGAAUUGUGAUCGCAUUAAUGAACAGAUUUCUUCAGUUCAAGUAAAGUUUAUGAGCACCACCAAGGGUCAUAAGUUUUUUGAUUUUUUGCGUCGCAUUUUUAAGAAGAAAUGGCGACCACCCAAAGCCGCUAAAGGACCUGAUGGUAAGUUGGAUAUUUGA